AUGACGCUUGGGUCGGUGGUGGCGACCGCGCCGACGAUCGGGUCCAACACCGAGAUGUUUGAAUACAAGAACCUCAAGUUUAUGCUGUGGGAUGUGGGCGGGCAGACGUCGCUGCGCUCAAGCUGGGCGCAGUACCUUACUGCGACGAACGCGCUGAUCUAUGUCGUGGAUAGCAACGAUCGCGACCGUGUCGCACUCGCACGUUCCGAGCUGCACCGCAUCGCCGCGGACGAGAAUUUGGCCAAGGCGCCGAUCCUCGUGUGGGCAAACAAGCAGGACGUAAAAGGCGCCAUGACCGCCUCCGAAAUCUCCGACGCACUCAACCUGUCCGCCUUCCGCGAGCGGACAUGGCAGAUCUUUGGGUGCUCGGCGCUCACCGGAAAGGGCCUUACGCCGGGCCUCGACUGGCUCGCGACGACACUCACGAGCAAGACACCAUAG